UUAAGCAUCCUGAACUUAAAAUAAAGGAGAGCAAAGGACUGGUAUUUGUCCAUAUGUUUUAAUCAGACACGCCAUCAAGUUUCUGCAACUCCAACGAACUUUGAAUACAUUUAACAUCUGAGAUUCAACAAAUGGUCCUUCGAGCCGGAGGUAGAAAUUUGGUGGAAUGGAUUACCAUGCAAGACCUGCAAUCCGGCGCAGCCAAAGAAGGAGAAGACCUCCUGCCCGUUUUGUUGACUGUAUGGUGAGAGAAUAUGCUCCUCCUCCGCCUCCCUCACCAACACUAGUUGUAAGUGAUCAUCACCAAACCCAGUAUGAAAAUCCAUCUUUAAGACAUGCCCCAAGCUCAUCUGCCCAUUGUGAACAGUCUCAACAUGAUUUGCUCGAUAUGGAUGUUAACCAAGAAAUACUUGGACUUAAGGGUAUGCUUGGUGAGAUGAUGUCUAGAAUGUCACAGUUAGUAGUUUCUUCUAGACAUUCUGAAUUUUCUGAGUCUUUUGAUGAUGCUUCUGAGGAUGAUGAUAAUGCCUUUGUUAAUCCAUCUAUUGUUCAAGAAUUGUGUGCAUGUAUUAAGACAGCUGAACAGAAACCUACAUGUGAGAAAUGUAAUUCCUCAGCUGUUCCUUCACUGCUUCCAUUGAGUAGGCCUAGUUCUCUGCCUCUUCCUCCUUCCUCAUUGUUACGUAGUCCACCCCAACAUAUGCACACACAUGAUAUAACAUCACAACUACAAUCUAGUAUGUUACAACCUUCUAUUGUUCCAUUGGUUCCUGAGCCUUCUAAUUGUCAUUCCCCUCAAGUGCAAACAUCACCAGUGUUGGUACAACCAACUGGUUCACCACAGCCAGUUUUACCAUGUAGUCCCUUUUCCCCCGCCAUGGUUCAUACUCAGUUAUCCUCACAAGUAACAUCAGCACAGUUACCUCCUCAGCCUCGGUAUGCUGUUUCUCAGUAUUCACAGCCAUUAGGACCAUCUUCUAGCUUGGCGAUUCCUCGUGUAUCCUCAGCUAAUGUAGGCCCUCAUAUUCAACCACACUCUGUAGGUCAGGUAGGGAAUUAUGUUGCACAACCUCCUGCUCCAUAUAUUCAACCAAUUGUUCCCACUACCCAGACAACCGCAAUUCCAUUCCUUCAUCCUUAUCCAUAUUCCCAGCCAUAUUAUGCUCCAUAUCCUGUUUCUUCCUAUCCUACUUCUCGCGUUCAGGGACCUUCCUUUCCUUUCUUGGUGAAUGAUGACCCCCAAGAAUUUGCAAUGUUGCAGCUAGAUUUGGCAAAUUUGUUGUCACCCCAUGAGCCAGAACAUUACAAAUUCCAUAUCUUGCUGGAUCAUUUAAAAUUUUCUCCAGCUCGUGAUCUAGCUUUGGCUUAUGCUAACGAUCCUAGGCCUUACGGUAUGGCUCUUUUUGCACUACAGCAGAAAUAUGGGCAACCCCACCAACUAGUUUUGAGAGAAAUCAAAGCCAUUCUAGCUCUCCCCAGGGUGAGACCAGGUGACAGCAGAGCAUUUAGUAGCUUCGCACUAAAGGUUUGA